AUGGCGAUGAGUUUCGAGUGGCCGUGGCAGUAUCGCUUCCCGCCCUUCUUUACGUUACAGCCGAACGUGGACACGCGGCAGAAGCAGCUGGCCGCGUGGUGCUCGCUGGUCUUGUCCUUCUGCCGCCUGCACAAACAGUCCAGCAUGACGGUGAUGGAAGCGCAGGAGAGCCCGCUCUUCAACAACGUCAAGCUGCAGCGUAUCCUCCGUCAGGCUCGCCCACGGAAGCUUCCUAUGGAAUCAAUCCAGAUGUUAGAGGAACUGAGGAAAAAAGGGAACCUCGAGUGGUUGGAUAAGAACAAGUCUAGCUUCCUGAUCAUGUGGCGGAGGCCAGAAGAAUGGGGGAAGCUCAUCUAUCAGUGGGUUUCCAGGAGUGGCCAGAACAACUCCGUGUUCACCCUGUAUGAACUGACCAAUGGGGAAGACACAGAGGAUGAGGAGUUCCAUGGGCUGGAUGAGGCGACCCUACUGCGGGCUCUGCAGGCCUUACAGCAGGAGCACAAAGCUGAGCUCAUCACCAUCAGCGACGGCCGAGGCGUCAAGUUCUUCUAGCACACACCUGACUCCCACCUGUCCAGGGCUCUCACAAGGAGACAGACCCAGAAUCCCCACAGACUGGAUCUGGACUCCACCAAGACUCCACAGGGCUCCGGUCUCGAAGGCUGGGACCUAGGGAUGGGUUCUUCAUGUUCCCUGUAGGUCUGUCCCUGGUAGGAUGAGCUGAGGUGCCAGCAAGAAAAGAUUUGCUUCUGCUUGCCCUGCCUCCUAUCACACCCUAGACUGCCCCCAGCCAGGGUCUGUCACGCGAGCACUUGACAUGUGUUCACACACCUGAGCCCAUACAAGUGCGCACACCUGCUCAAGCCUCUGUCCCUUCCCCUCCCACUCUCAGCUGCUGCCGGAUCCUUCCCCGGGGACGGGGGAAGCCCUGGCUGCAGGCAGCCUUCCAGGCAACAGGAAGACAGGAGGCCCAGCAACAGGCCUGGCAGUGAGAGGCAGGGCCUGACACUGAUCUAUGAUAUUAAAAUCUCAGCUCCCA